GGGCCGGGCUCCGCCCUCGGGGCUGGGCGGCAGCGCUGAGUCGAGGCCAGCCGAGCCCAGCUUAGCCUGUCCAUCGCCAGGGCGCACGGAGCGGGACCGCGGCCCCGGGACAGCCACCAGCAGGUGAAGGAGGCCCUCAGACCGGCACCAUGACAGAGUGCUUUGAUUGUGACAACUGCAAGGAGUCCUUGUAUGGACGCAAGUACAUCCAGAUGGACAAUGGCCCGUACUGCAUCCCAUGCUACGACGCCCACUUUGCCAACACCUGCGAUGAGUGCAAAGAGCUGAUUGGCCACGACUGCAGGGAGCUGUACUACGAGGAUCGCCAUUACCACGAGCACUGCUUCCGCUGCUUCCGCUGCGACCGCUCCCUGGCUGACGAGCCGUUCACCUGCCAGGGCGAGGAGCUGCUGUGCAACGACUGCUACUGCAGCGAGUUCUCCUCCAAAUGCAUUGCCUGCGAGAAGACUGUCAUGCCAGGGUCGCGUAAGCUGGAGUACAACGGACAGACCUGGCACGAGCAUUGCUUCAUAUGCAGCAGCUGCCAGCAGCCCAUUGGGUCACGGUCCUUCAUCCCAGACAAGAAGGAUUAUUACUGUGUGCCCUGUUACGAGAGCAAGUUCGCUCCUCGUUGCACUCGUUGCAAAAAGACCCUGACCAAGGGAGGAGUGACCUACCGGGACGAACCCUGGCACAAGGAGUGCUUUGUCUGCACAGGCUGCAAGACCCCCUUGGCUGGGCAGCAAUUCACCUCCCAGGACGACAACCCGUACUGCAUCAAGUGCUUUGGGAACCUCUAUGCCAAGAAGUGCAGUGCCUGCACAAAGCCCAUCACAGGCUUUGGUGGCGGCAAAUAUGUCUCCUUUGAGGACCGUCACUGGCACCACAACUGCUUCAACUGUGCCCGCUGCAGCACCUCGCUGGUGGGGAAGGGCUUCAUCCCUGACAAAGAUGAGAUCCUGUGCCGCGACUGCAGCAGUGACCUAUGAGUCUCCAAGGACACCGCGGGGCAGGGCUUCCUCUGUUCUUCAGGGCCUCUGUGCCAGAUCCCCCAGCAGCAUUUCAGGGGCCAGGCACAAGGCACAGGAGAUUGGGGCUUGGCCCCGAACCGCGGUGUGUUCAGGGGGCUCCUGAGCCCCCUCCCUGAAGGCUAGAGUACGCUAUGCUAUGGCUCUGUGCAGAGUCAAAGCUAAAUAAAAUUGAAAAAGGAGCUUCAAGACCCCCCAUUAUUUACUCUUUCUUUUUGCUUCCAGUCUGACCAGGCACGAGCUGAGCCCAGGGCCCCAGCUGAGUAAAGGGCAGCUUCUGCACUGGGCUGCUGGAUCUGCACGCUGGCAGCAUGUCUUUGCCCCCCUGCACAGUGCUGACUUCCCUCUUUUCCCCACGUGGUUCUCUCACUCUGUGUGACAUGAGGCAGUGGCUGCAGGGCCGUGCAGCUCAGCUGUGCUGGGUUAGGGCUGUAACCACCACCACCAUAUGCAUGGCUGACCUGGGCAUGAAGGGUCCUCUGCUCCGUUUGGGAGGACUGGAGUGUUGCCAGGAGAAGAGCAUGUUUGUCCUGCCAGAUGGGAUCCACCUGUGGAAUUCUAUAGCACCUCACCAUUUGCAGGCAAGACCCUUUGCUCAGCGUCUCUGUAGAGGUGCUCUCUCAGCUGUGAAUGAGGAGCUCAAGUUGCUCAUAGGUACAGGGUGUUCGGCCCACCCUCACCUCCCUGCCCCUUUCCCAUCCACCUGUGCCAUGACCUCCCAUGGCUGCAGUGGCUGAGCUGGAGCUGGGGCUGUUGGCCUGCUGCUGCUCCCCUGAGACAUGCUUGACUGAGCCCCUGAGAAGGGUGUGCUGAAGGCUGAGAGCACUGAGGGCUUUAUUCCUGAUCUAUCCUUCUCAUGGGGAUUCAUGGCAUGGGCACUGGUGUACGGAGCCCAGCUGCCUGUGGCACUGGGAACACCAGAGACCUUUGUUAAUUCAGGGAGGGGAGCGUUGCCCACAGGCUGUGGCCGUUCUUGGGAGCUGCUGGGAGUGCUAGGAGGGAGGGUCUGUGGGAGCACAGGGCUGCAGCAUGUAGGGCAGCCGAGGGGGCAGUGGAGUGCCCACAACCUGCUCCUGCCAGGGCUGCCUGUGUCCCCCUGCAGUGGGCAGGGAGUGGAGGCUCCCCCCGGCCACACUCACUGUGUCCCAAAUGAGAAGCAAAGCAAAGGUGGCACCUGAGGGGGGGCUUUGCAUAGCCCAGGUCCCUGUGCUGGCCCUAACUGUGCAAAAUAGGAUGUCUUGAGCCAUCCUUGCCCAAUGACUGAGCUGGCCCUGGGCCCCACUCAGGCCCUUCUGCAGUAGGAUGCCCAUGCCUGCCUUGUCUCUACAUCUUUCUGCUUCUGUCUUGCUGGGGCACUUACACUGACCCUGCUUUCCUGCUUAUCAGCCAUGUGCUUUUCUGAAAGCCUGUUCUUGUGGGGUUUUUCCCUUUUGUACUCAUUUGUCAUGAAUAUCUGUCAUUUUGUACCCAACUACAGGAUGAAGGGGCUAGCCCCCCACCCAGGCUUCACUUAGCAACAGAAAAUGUUAUGCAUGUUGAAGUGUUAUUAACUUUGUAUUCAGAUCCUUGUUGAACCCUUGGAAGCUUUAAUGCCAGUAAAUUGGAGUUUGUGUGUUUGCUAUUCUGAGGAGCUUGGAGCUGUCUCCAGAAGGAAUUGCCUUAAAUCUCAACCUCCUUUGUAUUUCCUACAGCUUUAUACAAUAAACUGUUUUAGUGACA